AUGGAGCGUGCACGAAAAUUGGCCAACCGGGCAAUUCUGAAACGAUUGGUUUCAGAAUUAUCAGAAUCCCCUGCAUUGUACAGGUCCUCCAGGUACGUUUCCUCGUUAUCCCCGAGUGCAGUACAAGGUAACAAUAAUUUUAGGGCCCAUAAUGUUUCUUCGAGAAGUAUGGCACAGUUUGUUGGGACUCGAUCCAUUUCUGUCGAGGCCCUGAAACCCAAUGACACAUUUCCUCGCCGGCAUAACUCGGCCACUCCGGAAGAGCAAACCAAAAUGGCCGAGUUUGUCGGGUACAAUAGCCUUGAUGCGCUCAUUGAUGCCACAGUGCCCAAAUCUAUUCGUAUUGAUAAAAUGAACUUGCCUAUAUUUGAUGAGGGAUUGACUGAGGCACAAAUGAUUGAGCACAUGAAGAAUUUGGCGUCUAAGAAUAAGAGGUUUGGUGUCCCGAUGGGUUAUGGAGGUCCUCAUGCUGCUUUCUUGGCUACAUCCCAAGAGUACAAGAGGAUGAUGCCAGGAAGAAUUAUUGGUGUCAGUGUUGAUGCUACAGGAAAGACUGCUCUUCGUAUGGCAAUGCAGACACGGGAGCAACAUAUUCGUAGGGACAAAGCUACAAGCAACAUUUGUACAGCUCAGGCAUUGUUGGCAAACAUGGCUGCUAUGUAUGCUGUUUAUCAUGGACCAGAAGGCCUUAAAACCAUUGCCCAAAGGGUUCAUGGUCUGGCCGGAACAUUUGCCGCUGGACUGAAAAAACUGGGUACUGUAGAAGUCCAGGGUCUUCCUUUCUUUGAUACUGUAAAGGUCAAGUGUGCUGACUCAAAAGUCAUUGCUGAUGCUGCAUAUAAGAACGAAAUAAAUUUGCGGAUUGUGGACAAGAAUACUAUAACUGUUUCUUUUGAUGAAACAACCACUUUAGGAGAUGUGGACAAGCUCUUUGAAGUCUUUGCAAGUGGCAAGCCUGUGACAUUCACUGCUGCUUCUCUUGCGUCAGAGGUUCAAAAUGUUAUUCCCCCUGGGCUUGCGAGGGAGAGCCCCUAUUUGACUCACUCAAUAUUUAACUCAUACCACACUGAGCAUGAGCUUCUUAGAUACAUUUCUAGGCUUCAAUCAAAGGAUCUCUCUUUGUGCCACAGCAUGAUUCCGUUGGGAUCUUGUACUAUGAAGUUGAACGCAACCACCGAGAUGAUGCCAGUGACAUGGCCUGCCUUUGCAGACCUCCAUCCUUUUGCUCCUAAUGAACAGGCUGCGGGUUAUCAGGAAAUGUUCGAGAACUUGGGUGAAAUGUUGUGUACACUUACUGGUUUUGAUUCAUUCUCUCUGCAACCCAAUGCUGGUGCUGCUGGCGAGUAUGCAGGAUUGAUGGUCAUUCGUGCAUAUCAUUUGUCGAGAGGAGACCACCACCGUGAUGUAUGUAUCAUACCAGUCUCAGCACAUGGAACAAAUCCUGCAAGUGCUGCCAUGUGUGGAAUGAAAAUUGUUGCUGUUGGAACAGAUGCCAAGGGAAACAUUAACAUUGAAGAGUUACGGAAGGCUGCUGAAGCAAAUAAGGAAAAUCUAGCUGCUCUUAUGGUUACAUAUCCUUCAACUCAUGGAGUUUAUGAGGAAGGCAUCGAUGAGAUAUGUAAGAUAAUUCAUGACAACAAUGGUCAAGUGUACAUGGAUGGAGCAAACAUGAACGCUCAGGUUGGUUUGACGAGCCCAGGCUUUAUUGGUGCUGAUGUUUGCCAUCUCAAUCUCCACAAAACAUUCUGCAUUCCUCAUGGCGGAGGUGGACCCGGCAUGGGGCCUAUUGGUGUAAAGAAACAUCUGGCACCAUUUCUACCCUCACAUCCUGUGGUAUCCACAGGAGGCAUACCAGCCCCUGACAAGUCUCAGCCCCUCGGUACUAUUUCUGCCGCUCCAUGGGGCUCUGCACUCAUUUUGCCAAUAUCAUACACCUACAUUGCCAUGAUGGGGUCAAAAGGAUUAACAGAAGCAUCAAAGAUAGCUAUAUUGAAUGCAAACUACAUGGCAAAGCGUUUGGAGAAGCACUACCCUGUUCUUUUCCGUGGUGUUAAUGGUACGGUUGCUCACGAGUUCAUUGUCGACUUGAGGGGAUUUAAGAAUACUGCUGGAAUUGAGCCCGAAGAUGUUGCUAAGCGUCUCAUGGACUAUGGAUUCCAUGGACCAACAAUGUCAUGGCCAGUUCCGGGCACACUUAUGAUUGAACCAACUGAAAGUGAAAGCAAGGCCGAGUUAGACAGGUUCUGUGAUGCUCUCAUUUCAAUUAGAGAAGAAAUUGCACAAAUUGAGAAAGGAAAUGCUGAUGUCCAUAACAAUGUUCUCAAGGGGGCACCACAUCCACCAUCAAUGCUCAUGGCCGAUGCAUGGACUAAGCCGUAUUCUCGGGAAUAUGCUGCCUUCCCUGCUCCCUGGCUCAGGAAUGCCAAGUUCUGGCCAACUACAGGACGUGUUGACAAUGUGUAUGGUGACCGGAACCUCAUCUGCACGCUCCUUCCGGUAUCCCAGAUGGCCGAAGAAGCGGCUGCAGCCACUGCUUAA